UCUGCUCCCAGCUGCCUGUCUAACCAGCAUUUUGAAAACCCAGAAACAAGGGGAGGGUAGUGCUGAAAGCACAUAGCCCAUCGAGUGGCAGGACAUGUUUCAGAUAAACGAUCACACUUGCCUUUUAUGUAGAAAGCCAAAAAAAAAUCUUAAAGGCACAGUUUGUUUUAUUAAAAGAAAGUUACCGUACAGUGAAAGAGUCCACAUUAACGCAUUCGGAAACCUUAAAUUCGGUGCAAUUAAAAUAAGCAAUGGUACGGACAAAAAAAACCCCUGCAAACUGGGACUGAUGCCGGGUCAAUGCAAGGAAAAGACAGGGUGAUGGGUGGAGAAAAGAAUGAAAUGUGAUUUUGUUCCAAUCAAUGCGCGGUGCAUUGAACAACAUGGACAGUAGAAGCUGGAAUCUUAAGUAUUCGGUAACCGCCUAACCCCCAUUCGUUAUCCUAAACCCCCCUCCUUGCUUCAAAUGUAAUCGCCUCACAACCAUAUUUGGACAGCGUGCUACCAAAAUGACCUUGGGUUGCUGCUGCAGACCUUUCGGGGAGGGGUGCAGUCCUAUUGCAAACACAGAAUAAAAUAUAUUAUGCAUAAAGGAGCGGAACUCAGGACCAAGUUAACUUUUUUUAUUGGAGUAAACAAUAGAAAGUUUUGAUCAGAAGUUGGGAAAAAAAAUAGUCGCAUGCAUUUAAACGGGAGGGGUGGUUUGCAGCACAAGCCGGUGUAUUGCAUUUAUUUGUUCUUUGUUUUAAAAGCACGGGGGAUUCCGGUGCACGGUUAUAAUUAAUUAAAAGUGGGGUGAAAGGGGGGAAAAUUGCAUGUAAUGUAAUGCAAUACAGCAUUCGAACGUUGGAGGCCGGCGUUUUGCAUUUUUAUUUAAAAAAAAAUAAAAUUCACUGUCUCGGUAACCGGUGGAUGAAGGAGGAGGGUUACAAAUGAAAGAGCACGGCAGUCGGGAGUUUGCGAGAGGAAAAUAAGGAGCGGGCGUUCGGCGAAAACGCGUCCGGGAGAGGGAGCGAAAGCGCGGGCGCCCUCCAGUAAAUGGCGGCCGGCGGGGGCCAUUCGGCCGGCGCCCCCCUUGCUAUCCUGGUCCUGUCGCCCUCGCGCCGCCUCAGCGCCCCGGGAGCUCUCAGCCCACUCCGGUCAUGUGACGGCGAACGUAACGGAACGUGCAGCAACCGUUUGGCAGUUUGGUUCGAGGGGAGGGGGAAAAGGCGGCGGCGGCGCGGAGCUUCGGUCGGUCUCUCUCUGGGCUGCGCCACAGCGAAGAAAACCGAGGAGGAGGAGGAGGAGGCGGGGGGGGCCCAGGCACCGCGACAGCGACGGAAACACCGGGGUGUGAUUUUUAUUUUUUAAAAGAAUAUAUACAUUUCCCACCACACGGUUUUACCCAACCCUUUUCCCCCUCCUCCGACAGCGGAGCUGCAGUUGAGAUACUAAACCAAGACCCUUUAUGCAUUUUCAGGGUCUAAAUAUGGAACUGGCUAAUCAUGGUCUAAUCCUGCUACAACAACUCAAUGCACAGCGAGAAUUUGGCUUCUUGUGCGACUGCACAGUGGCUAUUGGUGAUGUCUAUUUCAAGGCACACAAAGCUGUGCUUGCCUCUUUUUCCAAUUACUUCAAAAUGUUAUUCAUCCAUCAAACCAGUGACUGUGUCCGACUGAAACCAACUGAUAUUCAGCCAGAUAUCUUUAGCUACCUCCUGCAUUUAAUGUACACCGGGAAAAUGGCUCCCCAGAUUAUUGAUCCUGUCCGUCUCGAGCAGGGAAUUAAGUUCCUGCAUGCAUACCCACUGGUACAGGAAGCCAGCUUAGCCAGCCACGGAGCGGUUCCUCGUCCUGAUCAGGUUUUUGCUUGGACAUCAUCAUUAUAUGGCAUCCAGAUUGCAGAUAAUCAAACCACACCUCAGAGUAGGUUAUCAGCAGCAGAAAAGUCUUGUCGAGAGCCCAGGUCACAUGCUCAUCCUUCUCGGAUGGAGCAAGAACGAGGUGCAGAAGCUAACCAGCAGCAUCCCCAGGGUGCACAGAUGCUUCAGCCGUCUCAACAGAUUGGGCAGUCAUCUGCAACGACUUUAGGCACACAACAAGGCUUGAUUUCUGCAGCUGGUCCUCCAACGGCUGAAGAACGAUGUGAAAAUAUCCCUCUAUUAGAUGGGCAGCCUGGUAUACAUGCAAUAGCUCAUGUUAAACCCAGUAUUAUGAAAAGGAACAGUGGUUUUCCCAAGUUUUAUGUCUGUCAUCUUUGUGGCAGAAGGUUCACUCUACGAAGCAGCCUACGUGAGCACCUGCAGCUCCAUACAGGAAUGUCACUUCCAGUUACCAACCCAGCAGGAAUGAAUAUGCUAGGCCAAUUGGUAGAGCCUGGGAAACCUACAAAAGAUCCUGAGGAAAUACCUGAAGCAGAAGUAAUUAGUGAUGGCGAACUACAGCAGAAAAAUGAUUCACCAAUGGCAGAUGGCCAACUACAAGCCGAAACACCACCCCCAUCAGACAUUGCAGACAUUGACAACAUAGAGCUAGGGGAUCAAGAUAGGGAAGUGAAAAGGCGAAAAUAUGAAUGCUCCAUCUGUGGACGUAAAUUCAUCCAGAAAAGUCACUGGCGAGAGCAUAUGUAUAUUCACACUGGCAAGCCAUACAAGUGUAGUACCUGUGAUAAAACAUUCUGUAGAGCCAACCAGGCUGCCAGGCAUGUGUGCCUUAACCAGAAUUCUGAUACCUAUAUGAUGGUGGAUAAUAAGCAAGCAAUGCUUACUGAAGGUUCUUCUGAAGAAACGAGCCAGUCACUAAUGGAUCCAGUGUACCUAGCAACAAACCAAUCAAACCAGUCGUACAAGUGCAAUCUGUGUGAUAAAAGCUUCUCAACUGCUAGUGAAGCUGUUCGGCAUUCAUGUCAAAACCAGAACUCUGAUACCUUUGUUUUGAUGGAAGGCCAACCAACAAUUCAAGGGGAAGGCUCUUCAGAAGCUUGCGAAGUGACAGAAGUGAGCCAGUCAUUGUCAGAAACCGUGCAUAACGUGGAAGAUGGUCAAGCCGUUUUAGUGGAAUGAAAACUUUGUUCAUUUACACACUUUUUUCCAUGUGUUUCUUAUAAUGUACAAUUUAAAACUGAUAGUUCUUAGAUAUAAGGAUGUUAAAAGUUUAUUUUCUAAAUUAGAUCUAAGCUUUCUUCUCUGGUAAAAGCAUGUCGUUCAUUUAUCCAAGGAUCUUGUUACUUUUAAAAUGAAAAUUCAGGUGGCAUCAUUGUAUCAGUCAGUGUUUGCACUAGAAUUCAGACUAGCCCCUGUCAAUCAUGAGCUGCUUCAGGACUAGGUUAAUAUAAAAGAAACCGAUAUGCAUUGUUCUUUACUUGUACUGGUGUUGCCUGAUAAGUGCAUACUUUGCAAAGUGGAUUGAGUAGGAAAUUAAAUCACGCUGUACCAAAUGCAAAGAAGUUAUCACAUCAUGAUAUUUAUAUGCCUCACCAGGCCACUUUCUGCUCAGCCUCCCUGAACCAACUACGGUCUCAAAGAAACGAAUAAACACCUGUUGAGCUCUAUGGAUGUGUACUCAAACUAAAAGUUUCCUUGUUUGAAUUAAGCAUUGGUGACUGACAGUUUCAAGGGGUCACAGUGCAGCAGUUCACAUUUUGUGAUUAAGUAAAACUCCUGUUCUCUCGAGAUGUAAGAGCUGUUGAUAAAUGUUGUUAUGCUUCACUAAUUGUCAACUAAUCACUGAGCAUAUCCCAACUGUUGGUAGUAUAUUUCGCAAAUAAUGAAUCAUAGACAGAGCAUUGGCAUUGCUGAGCCAACAAUGAAUCCAGAGUAUGGGUAUACCCUGGGUGAAGUCGGCAUAUGACUAAUUUGUUGAAUAACAAUUAUGUUAUUGUUAUUAGCAAAAGAAGAACCUGGAAUGGUGAAGGUAUUGCAGUAACUCCUAUGUCAACUAGAAUGCCCUUCUAAUGAGUGAAUCAUAUAUAUAAAAGGUAUUUUAUAGAUAGAACUUGUUUGAUAUAGUAUUAAAUACAAAUUGCUCACAUUUUGGAAAUUUUAUUAGAUAUUUGAGACCCGUUUUCCAGUGUGAUAGAACAAAGUAGUGCUCUGGUGCUCCAUGUUCUUCCCUACUCACUUGCAUAAUCUUGUUUUUAAAUGUUCAGUGUAAAUCUGAAUAUCACUUUUACCUCACUUAUUUACAAUUUGCUCCUUGACAUGUGUGUAUAAUUUGCUUUCGAGAGGUGGGAAUGGGGGGGAUAUCAGAGAAUACCUAUGCAUGCUGACUUCAAAAUACAGUAGUAGUAUUUGUAACUUGUUUUACAGAAAUAGUAAUUGCAUUAUUUAUUGUGUUGUAUGUCUUUUAUACAUUUUAGAUUUUUUAAUAAAUACUGGAAAAAAUUAAAAGCUGAAGAUAGGAUCCCUUAAAAACAUCUAUCCUUUAUCAUCGAAAAUUUGUAAUCUGUUUUAAACCAAAAUUGCAGUAACACUGCUGUCUGAUGGGGAUGGGGGCGGGAGGGAGAUCUCUGCUGCAAAAAUAAACUGUCACAUUUGGCUAUUUGGCUUCAGAAUAUUUACUAAAGAUUCACAUGUACCAACAAUGUCAGCACUUGCCCUGCAUUAUUCAUGUGGAAAUUUCUCCGCACAAAGUUGCAUUGCACCACAUUGAACUAGAUUGGAGCAAAAGUGACAGAAUUUCUUUUAAUGCCCUGUUACAUUGAUAAAAUGAAUUUUAAGAAAAUACUUUUUAUUUUGCAAUUAGACAGUUUUUAUUUGCAGAUUAGAGUGAUACUAACACAAUUCAGUACUGUACUAGUUGGAUUAGUUAGUAUCAAUAGCGUUGAGUGCUGUUAUUGUAAACAUUCACUAAAACUACUGUCUGAAGUACACAUAAAUAAGCAUGAUACUCAAACAAAAUUACUAAUUUUACCAAUAGGUUAUGAAAGGGUACACCAGGUUGGUACAUUUUGGAGUUGUUACUUACAAAUGCUAGUGUUACAAGAAACAUUGAACCCCAACAUGUUUUGUUUUACUGUUUAAUUAUUUGUAGUUUUGUCUAUAUAGUUAUUUAACCACUUAUUGCUCAGUAAAUCCCCCACAGAUAUACAAAGGUAUUACUUUCAGAUUUAAAAUGCUAAAAUAUGUUCAUGAGAUUGAGAAAUAAUGUAUGUAAAUUGCUUUGUUGUUACAAGUUUCAUAUAGACUUAAAAUCAAUAUUUGAAAUAAAGUUCAACUGCCUUAAAAUACUUAAAGCGUAACCAUGAUGCUCAGUGUCAAAGCUAUUAUUUGCAUUAAAAUUCAAAUAAAAUGUAGUUUUUUUUAAUCAGUAUUUUGUAAGGUUUGUUUCAAAAGAGAAUAUACUGUAAUUUAGUCUUGUAAAACGAAUCCCACAUGAGGAAAGUACAUUCCUUUGUUAUAAUGAAGAAUAAGUAAUACACUGUAACAUUCUUGACCAAAUCAAAUUGAAGUUGACCAGUUUAAUUGGGGAAAUAAACGUUUUUCUUUGGCCCCCUAUACAUCUUUUAAGAUUUUCUAAUCAUAUUUUUUAAUAUGUUGAUAAUGGCAGUCAAACUUUACUUGAAUUUCAAAUUGCAGGUGUUUUGGAGCAUUGUUUUCUUGUGAUGUCAUCUGCAGUCGUGCUCCUUACCAACAUUGUAAGAAUUUGAAAUGCAUUGUACAGUGCUGCCUUUUUUGUGUAAUUUUUAAUUUGCUGCUUGAAAGCUAACCAGUUCACUGUUUAGUUGGAAGCCUUAUUUGACAAAGCAUACAUGAAAAAUCCUUAUCCUUGCUGUAUACAGUAAUAGACUACAGCUUAGUUGUGUAUGUCUUGUUGACUAAGCCACAGCUCUAAACUUCAGCCUUACAUUUUCAAUGACUUGUUUAGACCUAAAUACACAAACUGAAUACACAUUGCACCUGUAUUUGUCUUGAUUCCAUGCCGCAACUUUACUGUUACGUCAAAACUUUUGUUAGUCAAUAUGUAUAAUGUAUAAUACAACGCUGCCAAUACCAAAGACUUGAAUAAAACGAGCUUGGUAGGAACUGGAAA